AAAACAGAAAGUGUAAAGUCACUUUUCUGGAAGAAAUUAGAAUCAUUUUCUUGCAAACCGCGUCUCUGAACGUUACAUCUCCGUCAUGCGAUUAAUCACCUGAGCCAUGGCGUAAUUCCGAUCGUUAUGUGGUUGAUCCUCCUCAGACACACCUUUGGGUUGUUCCUUACGGCAGAGUCUCAGUCGCACCAUAAUGCCUUUCCUACCACGAACCCAAAUUUCAUCACUUCUACUCGUUGCCGACACUAACAAUAUUCACGCUAAGGGGAUUGAGUUAUUAGUAGCUAGGGUUUUGUGUUUUUUCGGAGGUGGAAAAGUGAGGGAAAUGAAGGUAAAUGGGGUGGGUUGGUCGACCAAGGAGAGGGAGUGAAGAGAGAAAAGUAUAUUGUGAGGAAGAGAGUGUAUGAUGGGAAAAUAGAAAAAAUGAAUUGGGGGGAGGGUGUCUCAAUGCAAACUGGGCGAACUCCACUUGCUUGGGUGAAGAGGGAAAUUUUGCUGGCUGUCAAUUGCCUCUCCUUUGUUUUUGAAAAUUAGCAUCAUCAUCAUCAUCAUUAUUAUUGUCAUUAUUCUUAUUAUCAUCAAUAUUAUGUAUUUUCUAAAAUAAAAAUGUUCAUCUCUAUAUCUAUUUUAGUUUCAUCUUGUGUUUUGAAGUAUUGUGCGCGUGAUCACUCGAUUUCUCCUAUAUAUACAAAUAUUACAUUCGAUAUGGUUCUUGAAUUUCAUGGCAUACAAUAAACAUAACAAGUUCUAUAUUUGCUUUCAUUGGCCAUCUAUGAAAUCAUUAGAAGUUUUCCAAAUAUGAAGCUUGACCUUGAAUGCUUAUGAGUUGUACCAAUUCCUGUUUGAAUUUUCAUAUCUCCAAUAUUACUAACUUCAAUUUUUUGAUCUACACAGUUUGAAUUUUCAGAGCUAGGAACGUCUUGAUGACCUGAUAUAGAAACUAAUGAUGGUGUGGAAGAGAAAGGUCUAUAAAUUCUUAUGCUUUUCCAUUAUGAUGUGAAGAAACACAGGUUUUAAUCAAAGUUCUCCGCAUGAGUUUUAGGUUUUAUGCUGACUAAUCAUGGGAAGGGGAAAAGCCAAAAUCUAAAGGGUUCUUGUUGUGAAUGGUAUUAUCAUUUCUCUAUUCCUAGGGGACUUUAAUUGAAGCAAGAAUGGAGGUAGUUAGUUCUAUUGCAUCAACAAUUGUUAACUACACAGUUUCUCCAGUUGGAAAAUGGGUUAGUUAUUCGUUUUUCUAUAAAAACAACAUUGAAAGCAUGGAGAAGUGCAUAGAGAAGUUGCAUAAUGCUGGAGAUAGGGUGCAACAUUCUAUUGAUGCUGCUAUAAGAAACGGUGAAGAAAUUGAAGGCGAUGUUAUCAAGUGGCUAACAGAUGUGGAAGUGAUUAUUGACGAGGCAAGGAAAGUUCUUGAAGGAAAAGAACAAGCAAAGUCAAGGCCUUCGAAUGGGGCAUGCCUGAACUUGAAGCUAAGGCAUCAACUAAGCCAGAAAGCAAAAAACAUAGUGAAAGUUAUUGGCGAACUCUUGGCGAAUGGCAGAUUUGAUAGAGUUUCCCAUCGCCUUGCUUCACAGAAGAUAGAGAUUUCAAUAUAUAUGGAUUUCAUUACCUUUGAGUCAAGAAUUUCAACUGUGAAGGAACUUCUGGAGUCACUGGGAGAUCCUAACAUCAACCUGAUUGGGUUGUGGGGGAUGCCUGGGAUUGGAAAGACUACACUAGUAAGAGAAGUAGCCAAGCAAGCCAAGAAAGAAAAGUUAUUCGAUGAGGUGGCUAUGGCAGUUGUGACGCAUAGCCCAGACAUGAGACGAAUUCAAGGAGAAAUUGCUGAUGUGCUAGAUUUGAAGUUUGAUAUGGAGACUGUACCUGGAAGAGCAAUUCGUUUGCAGGAGAGGUUAAGAAGAGAAAAAAAAAUCUUGAUUAUCCUAGAUGAUCUAUGGGAGAAACUUGAUUUGGAGGUGAUUGGAAUUCCUUGCGAGGGAUGCAAGAUAGUAAUGAUAUCUAGGAAUCAAAAUGUAUUAAUUAGUGAAAUGGACACUCAAAAGGAUAUUGGACUUAAAGUUUUGCCUGAAGAAGAAGCAUGGAGUUUAUUUGAGAAGAUGGUGGGUGAUUCUAUUAAGGACGAUAGUUUCCGAGCCAUAGCAACCGAGGUUGCUAAAGAGUGUGCAGGACUGCCUAUUGCACUUGUAACAGUUUCUAAGGCAUUAAAGAAAAAGACUUUAUAUGAAUGGAAGGAUGCCCUGCGGCAACUUAGAAGUCCCAGUCCAAAUUUCCUAACAAGAAUGCAAUCAACUAUAUAUUCUUCUAUAGAGCUGAGUUAUAGUCGUCUUGAAAGUCAGGAGAUGAAAUCCUUCUUUUUGCUUUGUGCUCAUAUGGGUUACUUAAUUGGAUAUCUGGACUUGUUGAAAUAUUGUUAUGGCCUCAGUUUAUUUCAGGGCAUCAGUACAUUGGAAGAAGCGAGAAAUAGAAUAUAUAGACUAGUUCGUAAUCUGAAAGACUCUUGUUUGUUGCUAGAUUGUCCCUACAGCUCUGAACAUUUUGUCAUGCACGACGUUGUUCGUGAUGUUGCUAUGUUAAUUGCAUCAAAGGACGAUAGCAUAUUUAUGGUGAGAGAUGAUGGUGAGUUAAACAAAUGGCCAGACAUGGACGCUUUAAAAAGAUGCAAAUUGCUAUCCAUUUUUGGUGGAGAAAUCCAUGACCUUCCUAAUGAAAUGGAAUGUCCACAAUUGAGAUUAUUCAAUGUAAACGAUGGAAAAUAUUCUGGGCAAAUCCUAGAGACUUUCUUUGAACGGGUGGGAGAGCUCAAAGUUUUAUGUUUCACUAAAAUGCAACUUCCAUCACUUCUUUCAUCUCUUCAUCUCCUUAGAAGCCUGCAAACAUUGUGUCUGGAGCAUUGUGAGUUGGGAGACAUAUCUGUAAUUGGAGAGCUCAAGAAUUUAGUAAUUCUUAGUCUUUCUGGAUCCAAUGUUUCAAAAGUUCCAAGAGAAGUUGGAUUGUUGACUGAUAUACGGUUGUUGGAUUUGAGCAGUUGUUCCAAACUUGAACUAAUUCCACCUAAUGUCCUAUCAAGCUUGUUGAAAUUAGAAGAGCUGUAUGUGGGAAAUAGUUUCAUUCAAUGGGAUCCUGAAGGACUUGACAAUAAUGCUAACCUUGCUGAACUCAAGAACUUGUCACAUCUGACCACUCUAGAGAUACAUAUUCGAGAUGCCAGCAAUCUGCCAAAAGAUAUUUGGCUUACAAAGUUAGAAAGAUACAUGAUACUUGUUGGCAAUGUACGCUGGGAUUGGUUUGAAAAGCAUGAAACUUGGUUUGAUAAUUGUGAAAGCAGGUUUGAUAUGUGUGAAACCUCCCGAACAUUAAAACUCAAGCUCCAAACAAACUUAAAAUCAGAUGAUGGGAUUAGAAUGCUGUUGAAGAGGACAGAGAAUCUCUAUUUAGAUGAGUUAAAGGGCGUUGGGAGUGUUGUGCAUGAAUUAGAUAUGGAAGGUUUUCAACAACUGAAGCAUCUCCAUAUCCAAAAUAAUUCUGAGAUUAAAUAUAUUGUUAACUCCCGGAUUCCAAUUAUUGUUUUUCCUGCCUUGGACACAUUUCUUUUGAAAAAUAUGUCUGGUUUAGAAGAAAUAUGUCGUGGCCAUCUUCCCUCAACAUCCUUCGGUAAUUUGAGAGUCGUAAAAUUGGAAAGUUGUGAUGAACUAAAAUUUGUCUUCUCUUCAUCCAUAGCCAGGGGCCUUUCACUGCUCAAUGAAUUGCAUAUCAGAGAAUGCCGCAUUAUGGGAGCAAUAGUUCUGAAAGAAGAAGGUGAAAUAGAAGACAAAAAUAUGAUAGUGUUCCCUCAACUGCGUUGCUUGGCACUGCACCAUCUUCCAAAGCUUGCAAGCUUCUUCACCAUAAAAAAUCCAUUCAUAUUCGAUGCAGGAGAAAUCAUUCCAGAGAACAAGCUUGAUUUUUACUUGCCAAUUCUAGACGAACAGGUUGUGUUCCCCAAUCUGGAAAGGUUGGAGCUAUCCUCAGCAGACUUGGAAGACAUUUUCCACAGCCAACAUCAAGCAAGUUCCUCUUUUAGAGUGACAUACAUGCGCACAAUCUCCAGGUUUCAAAAUUUGUUGUCCUUGCAUGUACAAGGCUCUAGUCAUAUAAAAUACCUACUGUCAUACUCUAUAGCUAGAUUUAUGGUGCAACUCAAAGAUCUUCACGUACUAGAAUGUAAGGUUUUGGAAGAAAUACUGCUCACAGAAGAUUUAGGAGGAGAGGAAAGAAGUCGUAUGGUUUUCUUCCCUAAACUAAAACUUCUCUGCCUAAAAAAUCUUCCAAUCCUCAAAAGAUUCUGUAUAGGAAGAAAGAUAAAAUUUCCAUCCUUGGAGAAGCUCCAGAUAGAAUAUUGCCCUAAUUUAAGGACAUUCAUAUUCAAUACUCCCAGUUCAGGCAUGAUAGCCAACAAUGCAAUGGAGAUGCAGCCUUUAUUCAAUGAAGAGGUUGUCUUCCCAAGUUUGGAAAGAUUGGAAAUCUCCCACAUGGAUUACUUGAAAAUCAUCUGGCAAAACCAGUUUGCAGCAGAUUCAUUUUGCAAGCUACGAUUUUUAAAGGUUGAAUUUUGUGAACAACUUGUGACUGUUUUUCAAUCCAAUAUGCUGACAAGAUUCGGGAGUCUAGAGACACUUAUCAUUGCUAAUUGUGGUGCACUACAAGAAGUAUUUGACUUGCAAAGUCUAAAUUUUAAUGAAACACAUGUUGUAAUAGACACUCAGUUGAAGGAAUUGCUUUUGAGUCGUCUACCCAGAAUGAAGCAUGUAUGGAAUAAAGACCCUGAACCACUUUUUCGAUUCCGAAACUUAAAACAAAUACAUGCAAAAGGGUGUGAGAGUUUGAAAAGUUUCUUUCCAACCUCGGUGGCUAGAUUUCUUAUGCAAUUAGAGAAGCUUCAGAUAGUUGAUUGUGGAGUGGAGGAAAUUGUUGCGUGGGAUGGGAGAGAGGCAAUAGCUAGAUUCAUGUUUCCUCGAGUAACUCUCUUAAAUCUGAAGGUGCUACCCAGACUCAAGUGGUUUUACCCAAGAGUGCAUACAUCGGAAUGGCCAAUGCUGAAAGAUAUGCGGGUACAUAGAUGCCCAGAAGUUGAGAUAUUUGCUUCUGAACUUUCAAUGUUUCAAGAAACUUCUCAAGAGAGCCGACGUGAUAUGAUAUCAAUUAAACAACCCCUUUUCUUGGUUGAUGAGGUUGCAUUCCCAAGCUUGGAAGCACUGGCAAUUUCCUACAUGGAUAACCUAAAAAUUAUAUGGCAUAACAAGCUCGUUGCAGAUUCCUUUUACAAUCUUCAAAAGUUGCAUGUUGAAUUUUGUAAAAAUAUUUUGCAUGUAUUUCACUCUAAUAUGCUCAAAAUAUUCCAAAGCCUAAAAAUUCUAAGGAUAACUGAUUGUGGUUUGCUACAAGAAGUAUUUGACUUGCAAGGCCAAGAUUCUAAAGAAAUGCAAGCUGUAACAGUUUCUUGUUUGAAAGAAAUGUAUUUGGUUCGCCUACCAAAAUUGAGAAGUGUAUGGAAGAAGCAUGGCGGAAACCUCUGCAGCUUUCAAGAUCUAAAAGUGAUACAUGCCAAGGGAUGUGAGAGUUUGGAAAGUUUCAUUCCGGAAUCAAUUGUUAGGAGUCUCUUACAAUUGGAGGAUCUUCGGAUUAUCGAAUGUGGGGUGAAGGAAAUUAUUGCUGGAGAAGGAGCAAGAGCAGCAGUACCAAGGUUUGUUUUCCCUAAAGUAACUCGCUUAAAUCUUCAAGGUUUAGUAGAACUCAAGUGGUUCUACCAUGGGUUACAUACUUCAGAAUGGCCAUUGUUAAAAUAUAUGAGGGUGGAUAGAUGUCAAAAAGUACACAUCUUUGCUUCUGAUUAUACGAGCUUCCAAGAAGCACUUCAAGAAAGACAACAUGAGAGCUGUAUUCAGCAACCACUUUUCUUGGUUGAAGAGGUUGCUUUCCCAAGUUUGGAAACAUUGGUAAUUUCCUACAUGGAUAAGUUGAUGAUCAUAUGGCACAACCGACUAGUUGCAGAUUCCUUUUGCAAUCUUCAAACAUUGCGUAUUCGAUUUUGUGAAGAUCUUUUGCAUGUCUUUCAAUCUAAUAUGCUAAGGAGAUUCCAGAGUCUAGAAGCAGUGCAUAUAAAUGAUUGUGGUUCACUACAGGAAGUAUUUGAACUCCAGGGGAAAAAUGAUAAAGAGAGGCAUGUUGAAACAGUCACCCAAUUGAAAGAAUUGUAUUUGAUUCGUCUGCCAAAACUGAAGCACAUAUGGAAUGAAGAUCCCCAAGGAAUCUUAAGCUUUGAAAAUCUGCAGACGGUAUUUGCGAUAGGAUGUGGGAACCUGAAAAGUCUAUUUCCAGCCUCUGUGGCUAUAACUCUCGUGCAACUGAAGAAACUCAGGAUAGAUAGUUGUGGAGUUGAGGCAAUUGUUGAGAGGGGUAGUGAAGCAGUAUUGAGACUUGUGUUUCCUAAAGUAACUUACUUGAAACUCAGAGCAUUGCCAAACCUCAAGUGGUUUUCCUCGGGACUGCAUACUUCAGAAUGGCCAUUGUUGACAGAAUUGGAUGUGUCCGAGUGCUAUCAAGUUGAGAUAUUUUCAUCAAAAUUUUGGAGCUUUCAAGAAACAGUUCAACAGAGCCAACAUAAGACCCCCAAUAGCCGACAACCCCUUUUCGUAGUUGAAGAGGAUACAUUCCCCAACUUGGAGAUUUUGAGAUUGGAGCACAAUCACACCAUAUGGUAUGGCCAGUUUUUGGAGAACUUUUUUGGAAAUUUAAAAGUUCUUGAGGUGCUUUGUGGUCCUAAAGAAUUAGCUCCUUCUCCACCAGAGGCACAAUCUGGAGAGACGUGUGCAUUGCAAUUGCAAGUAUUAGGGCUUAAUCAAGAGGCAGAAUCAAGUCACGCUUCUGAGACUCGAGCUAGGGGGCACUUAGCAUUGGAAAUCUCCGAUACCUCAUUUGAUCGUCUUCGUGUUUAUGAGGAGGACCAACCUUUGGAAGAUGAUGAGGCCACCAUAGAACACAAGUUAAAUGAGUUAAGGACGAAUAUGUAUUAUGACCUCGAUGUGGAUGUGAUCUUUUAUUUGUUGCAGGACUCCAUCAUAGAAGAAGAGAAGAAGGUACCUCUACCUCAUUCGUCUGAAGACUCGACUGCGGCUAGCGGACGUAUUCCUUCAAUUUCUACUACUAUUUCUCUUGGAAUAGUAAAAGUUGUGACAGGAAUAGACGAUAGCGAUGGGGAAGCGCAAGCGCUUAGAUUUCCCAAGGACUAAAGAGAAAUUUAGCAAGGAAGGCACUAGGAAGGGCGAGAGCAAUGUGGCCUCUAGCUCUUAGCAUGUUAGGGUAGAUAUCCUCGAAGACGCAGUAAUCGACUUGAUAAAGCUACUUGAGCUAGAAGCCCAAGAAAUUUUGAAUCGGAAGGAACGUUGUCCUUGGAAAAUUGAAUAGCCUAUAUGUCACUUACAUUUGAUCUAUGCCCUUUUUUGAUGAUUAACUCAAUACCAAGGGUUGCAGUUUAAACGCUUCAUUUUGUAUUGGGAAAUAUCUUGAACAAAUAUUUUGCGAUUUAAUAGUUACUUUAUUUUGGUACCAUAUUUUGAUUGCUCAAAACUUUACUUAGAAAUGAACUUUUUCUACUACAAUUAUUGCAUAUUACUAGAAAUAUGCUAGGUGCAUUGUAAU